AUGACCGACGCAACGGAGUCCAUUGCGCAAGAUGCGGCGAACUUACACCUGGAUGAGGUAACAGGUGAACGCGUAUCCAAGUCGGAACUCAAGAAGAGACAGAAGCAAAGACAAGCGGAGGAGAGAAAGAGAGAAAAGGCUGCUGCAGCACCGCCCAAGGCGGCAUCGAAGAAGGAGGCCGAAGUUGACCUCACUCCGAAUCAAUACUUCGAGAUCAGAAGCCGCGAUGUCAUGCGGCUCAAGAACAGCCAUGACCCGAACCCAUAUCCUCACAAGUUCGAGGUCAAUAUAGAAAUCGACGUGUUCAAAAAGCAGUACGGCCAUCUGAAGCCCGGCGAGACCGAAGAAGUCGAGAUCCGAGUCGCGGGCCGGGUAUACGUCAAGCGUUCCGCAGGUGCGAAGCUCGUGUUCUACGAUUUGAUCGACGGCAACACCAAGGUCCAGAUCAUGUGUCAAGCGCAAGACGCCGAGGGCGACUUUGAGAAAGUUCACGGGCUGAUACACAGAGGCGACAUUAUCGGUGUCAUCGGCUAUCCGCGUCGUACGGCGCCCAAAAACCGUCCAAACGACGGCGAGCUCUCUGUCUGCGCCCGCCAGGUCAUCCUCCUCACCCCAUGCCUACAACAACUCCCAGAUACCACCGGUUUCCACUCUGGAGAGCUGAAUGUCGAGACACGCUUUCGUCAGCGCUAUUUCGACCUCUUGAUGAAUGCAAAGUCUCGCAACAUCCUCAUCACCCGAGCACGAGUUGUCUCAUACAUCCGGCGGUACUUCGACUCCAAUGGCUUUGUCGAAGUUGAGACACCAAUGAUGAACCAAAUUGCUGGCGGCGCGACAGCCAGGCCCUUCAAGACCUUUAUCAACGAAUACAAACAGGACAUGUUCAUGCGCGUCGCCCCCGAGCUGUACCUCAAGAUGCUUGUCGUCGGCGGCAUCAAGCGAGUCUACGAACUGGGCAAGCAAUUCCGCAACGAGGGUGCAGACCUGACACACAAUCCCGAGUUCACCACCUGCGAGUUCUACGAAGCCUACGCUGACGUGUUUGACGUCAUGAACCGCACAGAGGAACUAGUCUCCGGCCUUGUCCAAGAGGUCCACGGCAGCCAGCAGACCACUUUCACCACCCAGGAAGGCGAGGAGUACCAAGUCGACUGGUCGCGCCCUUGGAAGCGCGUCGACAUGAUCCCGGCCCUCGAGGAAGCGACGGGCGAGAAGUUUCCUCCCGGGGACCAGCUCCACACCGACGAAACUAGCGCGUUCCUCAAGGGCAUCCUCAAGAAAUGCAACGUCGAAUGUUCGCCGCCGCUGACCAACGCUCGCAUGCUCGAUAAAUUGGUCGGAGAGUUCAUAGAAGAAAAGUGCAUCAACCCGACGUUCAUCACGGGACACCCGCAAAUUAUGUCGCCUCUGGCCAAAUAUCACCGCUCGAGACCCGGCAUCUGCGAACGCUUCGAAGCGUUCGUGUGCAAGAAGGAAAUCGUCAAUGCCUACACCGAGUUGAAUGACCCGUUUGAGCAACGCGCCCGGUUCGAAGAGCAGGCGCGGCAGAAGGAACAAGGCGACGACGAAGCACAGUUGAUUGAUGAAAAUUUCAUUCGCGCCCUGGAAUAUGGAUUGCCACCUACGGGCGGUUGGGGGAUGGGGAUCGACAGGAUCGUCAUGUUCCUCACGAACAACUACAGCAUCCGAGAGGUGUUGGCCUUCCCCUUCAUGAAGGAGGAUCAGAAGAGUGCCGUGGCCGGCGAGUUGGCCGCGACGAGGCCAGCCCCCUGA